AUGAACUCGAACCCUAGUGCGCCGGUCGCUGUCAACCACAACUACAAUAACAACACCAUCAGUAAUAAUAACAACAACAACAAUGAUGCUGAAGAGAAUGUGUCGGUAAGCCGAUUAGACAUACCGAAACUUUUCACCGUGUCUGACACCCAACUUUUGACACCUCCGGUUACGGUAUCUGACUUAUACCGUAAACCACGAGUCCGCGCGGAACCUCCAAUUUUGGCCCCAGUGGCCACAUUUUCUUACGACACUUCUGGAUUCAUGUCUGAUUCGUGUCACCCUCCGGAGCCUACCCCUACUCGUUCAAACAACCGGCAGAAAAAUCGUAAACCAACCAAAGGAAUUGGGAAAGGAAGACCUCUGAAGACCGAGGGACCGAAAAAGCGACGUCCGAAAACUGUUACCACUAUGAAGGCGGCCGAAAUCGCCCACAAGUACGUUACCAGAGAGAUGGGAGUUACUCCUACCGUUAUCACGUUUGCCAACAAGCAGUUGAGCUCAAUGUCUAUCUCCGACGCCCCACAGGACCCAGCGCCAAGUUCAGCAACUUUCGCCCAAGAAAAAACGUAUUUCCAUCUUUGA